UAAAUGUGGUGACCUAGAGGAGGAGCUGAAAAUUGUCACCAACAACUUGAAGUCUCUGGAGGCUCAGGCUGACAAGUAUUCCACCAAGGAGGACAAGUACGAGGAGGAAAUCAAGCUUCUAGGGGAAAAACUGAAGGAGGCUGAGACCCGGGCAGAGUUUGCGGAGCAGUCUGUGGCAAAAAUGGAGAAAACCAUCGAUGAUCUAGAAGAUGAAGUGUAUGCGCAGAAGAUGAAGUACAAAAGCCAUCAGCGAAGAGCACUUAAUGACAUCACCUCCCUUUGA